AUGGGAGCCCAAACUAGCUUGACUACAGCCAGAGUGGAGGAGCUCCUGCGUAAAGUGGAUGACCUGGAAAACCGUGCUCGCCGCUCGAAUAUACGACUGGUUGGCCUCCCAGAGUCAAAAGAAGGAUUGGAUAUGUGUGUUUUUUUGGAGAGAUGGAUUCCAACGACGCUCGGGGAACGCAACUUUCCACAACCUCUGGUGAUUGAAAGGGCACACAGAGUUGGCCGAAUGUGGAAUAACGGUACUGCUUCGGGAUCACAAGAUCCCACUGUGCGACCCAGAGCAGUGGUUAUGAAGCUCCUCAACUACGCUGACAAGGUCCGUAUUAUGAAUGCAGCCCGAAGCGCAGGCAACGUGCUCGUAGAUGGAAGAAAAGUUAUGUUUUUCCCGGAUCUAUCCUCCGAGUUACUUAAGAAGAGAAAGCUGUUUGAUGCCGUGAAGAGGGACCUAGCUGGUCUAAAACUUCAGGAUCUGCGCUACGGGUUAGUCCAUCCAGCUACACUGCUUGUGACUAUCAGGGGAAGACGCCACACGUUUGAAAAAGCGGAGGCAGCUGAGACUUUUGUGCGAAGGCUGAGGCAGGAGAGGAGCGGGACGUCAGCGGAGGACGCGGAGUAG